AUGUGUGUAAACUUGUGCAAAAUACAAAAUCUGCUCAAGAUACUUGUGAUGAUCUCCUUAUUCUGUUUUAUAUUCGUCAUUGAUUAUCAGGUAAGCUAUUGAAGGUUCGGGAAAGAAUUUAAUGGAAACAAAGAGAAGGCGUUCAGUUGAAAACGAAGCAAAGAGAGGAUGAGUUGAGAGCACUGAGGAGACAGUAUGUACGGGACGAUCCAGAGGUGACUGGACUUUGAGAAAAACAUAGAAAGUGUAGUUUUAGGACGGACAGACUGUUGGAUACGAGAUAAUCGGGGAUACAAUCAAGUACAACUACGCGGAAAAGCCACGAAUUGCCAUCGUGAGUGUGCUCCGGUCGGUUGAGCAAACACGAUUCUACGACAUUGCCAUCAGUGAGUGCCUUCUCCACUUCUCUCCUCAUCCGAACACCACUUCAGGCACUGUGAAAUGCUACGCGAAAAUCCACGGAUAUCACUAUAUUCUGGCGGUUGAAAGGGACUUUGAUUGCCACCAAAAAGACGUUUGUUCCGUGCUUUCCAUCCGUCUUCUCUACCUUUUCCCUUCCAGCAAUUCUUCCGUCGUCACUGCAUCGUUGCCAAAAUUCUUCCGAACUUUGACGCUGUUCUCUUCCUCGACGCGGAUAUCGGCGUCGUCUAUCCGAAGCGACGUAUCGAAGAGUUUAUGUACCAGAACUUUGACGUCAUCUUCUAUGACCGCUUCUAUAAUUGGGAGAUUAUGGCCGGUUCGUAUUUGGUGAAGAACACCCCUACGCAAUUGACUUUUUGAAUGGUCAGUUUGAGAUUCAAAUUAGUUAAGUGACAGCUCAUUUUCAGACUUUGCCAACUACGAAUCCACGUUGCCAAACAGUUUUCAUGGCACUGACAACGGGGCACUUCAUGUAAGCUUCAAAAUGUCAACUUUACCAUCAAUUCCCAUUCAGUUCUUCAUAGCUGAAAAGUACUUUUCCGACGAGAUGUACACCAUCGACCUGUGCCGGAAACCGUACAAUACUUCCAAAGACUUUGACGACGUCUUCACUUACGAAGCCUGCCUUCGAAGUGUUUUCGGAGCACGCACCGAGUUCGAUCGGGUCAAAAUUCUGAAGAAAGGAACGGGAUGGGCGAGGGACAGCUGGAUAACGAGCAGUGUCUGGAGCAAGGAGAUCGGCGACUUUAUGUUCCACGCGUGGAAAAGCAGUCAGAUUCAGACGAUCCCGAACCGACGCGUCAAACCGAUCAAGUCUUCGAUGUACGAGUGGUACAACCCGUUGAUCGGAGCCAUUCAUUUGAACAGAUGUCAUCCGAAGAACAUGUCGUGGAGCUAUGACGAACGGCUUCAAGGCGAGCCGGAGGAGAUGAUGGAGAGUCUGACGACGUACCGGAACAGGAUCACGAGGCAGCAGUUUCAGUACUUUUACAGGAUGAAGGCAUACGUUUGA